CUGACAUGGCGCUGUCGCUGGGCGAGGGCGGCGGCGGCGGCGGGAGCCGGCUGCGGCGGCAGCUGGAGUCGGGCGGCUUCGCGGCGGGGGAGUACGUGAAGCAGCUGUCGCAGCAGUCGGACGGCGACCGGGACUUGCAGGAGCACCGGCAGCGCAUCCAGGCGCUCAGCGAGGAGACGGCGCAGAGCCUGAAGCGCAACGUCUACCAAAACUACCGGCAGUUCAUCGAGACGGCGCGGGAGAUCAGCUACCUGGAGAGCGAGAUGUACCAGCUCAGCCACAUCCUCACCGAGCAGAAGGGCAUCAUGGAGGCCGUCACCCAGGCCCUGCUCCUCCAGGCCGACCGCGACGACCCCGCGCUGGGCGCCCGCCGCGCCGCCGCCGCCGACCCCUUCCUGCCGCUGUCGGGCAAGGACGCGGCCGCCAACGAGGAGGGGCGGCAGCGCACCCUCACCACCCUCCUGGAGAAGGUGGAGGGCUGCCGCGACCUCCUGCCCGAGAGCCCCGGCAAGUACCUGGUCUACAACGGCGACCUGGUGGAGUACGACGCCGACCACAUGGCGCAGAUCCAGCGGGUGCACGCCUUCCUCAUGAACGACUGCCUGCUCGUGGCCACCGCCCUGCCCAACCGCCGCGGCGCCUACCGCUACGACGCCCUGUACCCCCUGGACGGGCUGGCCGUGGUCAACGUCAAGGACAACCCGCCUAUGAAGGACAUGUUCAAGCUGCUCAUGUUCCCCGAGAGCCGCAUCUUCCAGGCUGAGAACGCCAAGAUCAAGAAGGAGUGGCUGGAGGUGCUGGAGGAGACCAAGCGCAAUCGCGCCCUCAGCGAGAAGCGGCGCCUGGAGCAGGAGGCGCUGCCCCGGCCCGCCCCGACGCCCCCCGAAUCCACCAACCCCUUCGACGAGGAUGAGGACGAGGAGGAGGAGGAUGAGCCCUCCGCUGAGGAGGAGGUCGUUGACCUCUCGCUUGAGUGGAUCCAGGAGCUGCCCGAGGACCUGGACGUCUGCAUUGCUCAGCGGGACUUCGAGGGGGCGGUGGAUCUCUUGGAUAAACUGAACGAGUACCUGGCGGACAAGCCCGUGAGCCAGCCCGUGAAGGAGCUGCGGGCCAAGGUGGACGAGCGCGUCCGGCAGCUGACGGACGUGCUGGUGUUCGAGCUGUCCCCGGACCGCUCGCUGCGGGGCGGGCCGCGGGCCACCCGCCGGGCCGUGUCCCAGCUCAUCCGCCUGGGCCAGUCCACCAAGGCCUGCGAGCUGUUCCUGAAGAACCGGGCGGCCGCCGUGCAGACGGCCAUCCGGCAGCUGCGCAUCGAGGGCGCCACGCUGCUCUACAUCCACAAGCUCUGCCAUGUCUUCUUCACCAGCCUCCUGGAGACGGCCAGGGAGUUUGAGACGGACUUCGCCGGCAACAACGGCUGCUACUCGGCCUUCGUUGUCUGGGCGCGCUCGUCCAUGAGGAUGUUUGUAGAUGCCUUCAGUAAGCAAGUAUUUGAUAGCAAGGAGAGUUUGUCAACUGCGGCAGAGUGUGUCAAGGUGGCUAAAGAGCACUGCAAGCAGCUGAGCGAGAUUGGACUGGAUCUCACCUUCAUCAUUCACGCCCUCCUGGUGAAGGAUAUCAAAGGUGCUUUGCAGAGCUACAAGGAUAUCAUCAUCGAGGCCACCAAGCACCGCAACUCUGAGGAGAUGUGGAGAAAGAUGAACCUGAUGACUCCAGAGGCUCUGGGGAAGCUCAGGGAGGAGAUGAGGAGCUGUGGGGUGGGCAAUUUUGACCAAUACACGGGUGAUGACUGCUGGGUCAACCUCAGUUACACUGUAGUAGCUUUCACUAAGCAGACUAUGGCCUUCUUGGAGGAAGCAUUAAAGCUUUACUUUCCAGAGCUGCACAUGGUUCUCCUGGAGAGCCUGGUGGAAAUCAUCCUGGUGGCUGUCCAGCAUGUUGACUACAGUUUGCGGUGUGAACAGGACCCUGAGAAAAAAGCGUUCAUUAGGCAGAACGCCUCUUUCCUGUAUGAAACUGUCCUUCCUGUUGUGGAAAAAAGGUUUGAGGAAGGAGUUGGAAAACCAGCCAAGCAGCUUCAGGAUCUGAGAAAUGCCUCAAGAUUGAUGCGUGUAAAUCCGGAAAGUACCACCUCCGUGGUGUGAACUGAACCUAACUGUUCUUUCCGGGAACAAGGUGGCAGCACUUACUGAACAUGUUGUACAUUGAGCAGAUGAACUAAACUGGGGGUUUUUGAGUCCCUGAAAGAGGCAGAACUCUUGUCUGCUGCAUUCCAGAAGCUGAAGACUCUGAAGCAAUCCCUGCAAGCGUGCAAUGCUUUACUUGGUGGGUGGGGUGUAGGGAAGUGAGAAGGUGGAGGUCAUGUGUCCUUGGACAGCAUAUCCUGUAUGAAGGGCUUGUGUAGUAUUUGUGACUUGGGAAAUAACUGUAAUACACAAGUUUUGGCCGAUUGUUUGUGGAAAUCUUACUUACAUGUACAGCAGAUGGUAGGAAAAGAUCAAUUCUCAUCAUGUCACUAGCAGUUCUUUUUUAAGGCAGUGUCCUGGUAGGAGGGGAAGUGCUGAAGCAUUCCCAGGGUGUGGUAUUCAGGAAGGCAUAUCCACCAUCCAGAUGUGACUCAGCACUGCAGAUAAAUGACAUGGAUUUGCACAAUGUGAAUUCUGUGGUAGCAAUGCAGACUUUUCUUUAACGUUGAGAUUGUCUUCAUUCAUUUCAGAGGCAGAUUGAAAUAAAAAUGUUUUUAGUAUAGGUUCUGGUGUUUGGGUGAAGGGGCUUCUUCUGGUAAAUAAGCUGGCCUGUCAGCCUAAGUUAUAACUGUCUGAAAACAAACCUGCUGUCAGAACCAUUUGUUUGCUUCAAGAGAAGUGAGAAUAAAUUGCUUCCCUUC